AUGUCGAACAAUCUUCUAUACUUUACUUUCGCAUCUUUUCUACUUGUGUCAUCAUCAUCAAUAGCAGUGAAUUCUGUUUUAUCUGAAAAAGAGUUAAAGCUCAUCCGAUUCAUAUCCUACUUGACAUAUCUUCAAACAUCAACAAAUAUUACUUGGAAUGGCUGGGAGAAGAAUUACGACGGACCGCAACUCGGUCUCGAUGCCAUUCGGUAUCCCCUAGCUCAUAUCGGUUAUACUGCCGCAGCUUUAGCUUAUCGCACACCAAACUACCGUGAAUUGGCUGUGAACAUCCUAAAUGAUACAAUCAAACGUAUGCUAACGUUGAAAGUAUGGGGGUACAUCGAUCAAUACUGGCAAAAAACUUCAACUUUUCCUGAUCCUGUUUACUACGAGAACAUCAUGUACAGCGGACACUUGUUACAACUGAUAGCAUUAUAUGAGAGUAUUUCUGGUGAUUUAAUUUACGAUACACAAGGAUUUGACUUCGUUUGGACUAAAGAUGGUUCAGCCGAAACGACAAUUCAUUAUACAACUAGUCAACUUGUGCGUGCUAUCUAUCGUCAAAUGGAUGACGACUCAUCAGCUGGUGUAUCGUGCGAACCUGGAUGGGUGUAUACGAUUUGUCAAAAUCAUCCUCAUUUGGGUUUGAAACUCUACGAUGUCGUUCGCGAUGGUCGAACGAAUUUUUCGCGAAUAUCAUCGAAGUGGAAAGACUUUCUCAAUCAUCAUGCACUCGAAGAUAUUCCAUUAUACAAAAAAGAUCGAUAUUUCAAAAUGUUGUAUCAACGUUCCACCCAUAUCUGGGUGCCUUUUUUUGCUGCAACAGGCAAUGAUGGAUGGGCAUUAGCUUGGAUGUCAUCAUGGUACGAUCAAAACCAAACAUCAGACUUUAUUUGUAACGGCUGGAAGGUAAUGUACAAGAAUAAAUAUUGGCAACCAGCAGAAUCGGGUUGCUAUCUUGAAGCGGGUGGUUAUAUUGGUGUACGAAUGCAAAUGAAUCGUUGGAUAGCGACAUCAUUUUAUCCCAUGGUUGAAAAACAAUGUUCGAUCGAUGCUACAGAAAAAUUGGCGUGUGCAUAUGCAUGGUUUGAGAACAAUUUCGGUACAUAUUUAGAUAUAGAUCAUGACGGAUAUUUCGAAUCAUUUUAUUAUGAAACGGAAACUGUUUAUUCCAACUGGGUCACAACGAACGUUCUUUUAUCUUUGUUAAUGGGAGAAAAUCGUGUUGAAGCAAAAGAAUUUUUGCGGCAAAUUUAUGCGACCAAAUUUCAUGAAAAAUUUCAAAAUGAUGAACCAGAAAUUAUAGCUGUUCAAUAUCCAACCAUACGUGUCACUUAUGCUCAGUACGAUUCGACUAGAAAAAUCUUGGUAAUUAAUUUUAAUACAGAAAAACCGAGCAUUUUAUCAACAAGAUUUGAUAUUAAGUAUCCCAACACUUUCUUAACUAUUUCGAAUAUCACCCGUGAUGGUUUGACCGACGGAUUUUCAACAAAACAAGUUACUAAUGACCGAAUAAGAAUCGAGUAUUCCUAUAACAAUCUGGAAAAGCAACAGACGAAAUUUCAUAUUUUAUUUCAAUAA